AGUCGAGCCUUGACUGCAAUACUUAUAGCAUGCGUCUCGUCUCUCGGUAAAAAACUGAACCUCACGAGUAUUUUUAAGCGCAUAAAAAAGGCAUACAAUAUGGUGAAAGUUUUAUUUUUCAAGCAGAAUCUUCGUGUUAUAUAUGCUUGUGAUAUAUAAAGUGGCAACACAGCUCAAGGUCAACAGUGUAGUGGAAUAAACAAUUAGUAAUAGCACGAUGGAAAAAAUUAGGUUUGAAAUCAUCGAUAAAAAAACUAACAAGUUCCCGAAAUUCCUAUUCAGUCGUGAGACCGUCGUAGUUAAAUGUCUUACCAAUUCCGUGGAUGGAUUGGACGAUUGUUGGAAAAAACUAUUCAAGAACAUCACGUGCCAAUAUGAUCCUAAUGAUUCUAUAAGUAUAGACGUAUCUACUGAUUCAGUAGAGUUGGAACCGGUUAGCGAAGUUUUCAAACCAGUAUCUUCGUACGACGAUGCGGAAUUCUCAAAUUUCAUGAGAAAUGCAGUAAGUAACUAUAAGAAUUUUUGCAUAAACGACGACAUUGAAAUUGUAGUGUCCCGCUUACAUACAUCUCAAAUAACAUCAGAAUUGAGUGACGAAUCAAAUGAUACAUCGAUCGAUGAUCGUCUGCGUUAUAUAUCCGUUGACGACAACAGGAGAAAAAAUGAAAAAAGUAGAAAUCCAGAGCCUGAUAACGCUUUUGUGUUUUAUGAUUUUGAAACUAUGCUAGAAAAUACAAAGGAGAACGAGAAGCACAAAAUUCAUAAAGUUAAUCUGUGCGUCGCCCAACAGGUGUGCGAUAAAUGUAACAAACCAGGUAGAUUAGAUAAGUCAAUAGAUUGCAAUUAUUGUGGAAGGGGUAAUGUGCGGAUAUUUAAGGAAAAUCCAGUAGAAUCGUUUGUGAAUUAUCUUUGGAAUGAGGAGCGUCCGAGGAAUAUCAAAGCAGUCACGUGUAUUGCGCACAAUUCGCAAGGAUUCGAUUGUCAAUUCAUUUUAAAGCACUUGAUUGAGCGACGACCGCGAAUAACCCCUAAUUUUAUUGUUAUUAAAGGUACAAAUAUCGUGUGCAUGUCCAUAAAAAAAUCAUAUGAUUUUCAAAUUAGAUUCAUAGACAGUUACAAUUAUAUCGAAGAAAAACUCGAAAAAUUUCCAGAAAUCUUCGAAUUUGUCGAAGACGAUUGUGUGAAAGGAAAAUUUCCUUUUCUAUUCAACACCCCAGAACAUCAAAAUUAUAAAGGGCCCGUUCCCGAAGAAAAGUUCUACUCCCCCGGCACCAUGUCAGCAGAGGAUCUUCAAAAAUUUGAGUCUUGGCAUAGACAAUUACGCGAAGGUGGUUACCAAUUCGAUUUUCAAAGCGAAAUCGUCAGUUAUUGUGAAACUGAUGUGGACAUUUUGAGACGCGGAUGUUACGAUUUCCGGCAAAAAUUUAUUGAACUGACUGGUAUGGAUCCUUUUGGGUUGUACAUGCCGGUUACACUUGCUAGCUUUUGUCAUAAAUUUUAUAUUAAAAAAAUAUUGCCUGAAGUUUAUAGAAAAAAUCCAGUUAAGGAAAAAAUUGGCCUAAUGCCUAACUGUGGUUACAGAAAAAGAUUGAAGAAUACACGUGAAUCGUUGGAAUGGCUAUUAAUCAGCGAAAAAGAGACAAACAGUGAAAUCAUACACAUUGGACGUGGUCAUGAAUACAGGUUACCCGAAUUGGAUAUCAUCGUAAAUGGAUUUUCCAAAUCUGAAAAUGGCAAAGGAACAGUGUACCGAUAUUACGACUGCACUCGUCAUGAAUGCCCUGGAUAUCAUGUCGAUUCUCAAGUGAAUAAUUAUGAAAAAAUCAUAAGCUUCGGAUAUCGUUUGGAAGAAAUGUGGUCGUGUCAAUUCAAAAACAUAAAAGCAAAGUAUAAGAAAUUUCUGAACGAUCACGAUAAUCUUUACAGCGACGCCUUGAAUCCUCGAGAUGCUUUCUUUGGAGGAAGAGCAGAAAACGCAGUGGUUGUACGCUCAGUAAAGGAUAACGAGAAAAUUCGGUACAUCGAUGUAUGCUCUCUCUAUCCAUACAUUCAAAAAUACGGCAAAUAUCCUGUAGGUCACCCUGUCAUAAAAAUCGGUCACGAAUGUGACAAAUACGUUGGGACUAAGUUAGAAGGUGUCGAAGGAUUAGUGAAAUGUAGAGUCCUACCUCCGCGUGAUUUACUCUAUCCGGUUUUACCAAUUCAUUCAAAUAAUACUCUGAUGUUUCCACUGUGCAGAAAAUGUUGCGACGAUUUGGUCGAAUCGAACUGUACACACGAUGAAAAAGGUGAUCGCGAAAUCACUGGUACCUGGGUCUCGGAUGAAUUAAAAAAAGCCAUAGACAAGGGGUACGAAGUUACUGCUAUUUACGAAAUAUGGGAGUACAAAACGGUUCAGUAUAUCCGAGGAACCAAAUCCGGAGGUUUAUUUGUCGAUUAUGUUAACAAGUUCCUGCAGAAUAAGCAAGAAGCUAGUGGAUGGCCAGCAGAAUUCGAUACGAAUGAAUUACGAGAGAAGUACUUGGCGAAGUUUUUCGAACGUGAAGGAGUAAAUUUGGAUCGUGAGAAAAUGAAAAAGAAUAAAGGUCUUCGGUACAUUGCCAAAAGUUGCUUGAAUUCUCUUUGGGGAAAGUUUGGUCAAAGGAAUUAUCCCGAAACUGCUUUUUGUGAAUCUGAAAAGCAGCUUUUUAAAGUUGCUAGCAACAAAAGCCUAGCGUUACAAACUGUGGUCCCAUUCAACGAAACUGAUCUUUACUACAAAUAUCGCGACAAGAACAAGGAUAUUACACCCAAAGAAACGAUGAACGUAACCAUAGCUGUGUAUACAACUGCCCAAGCACGUCUGAAAUUGUACGAAUAUUUGGAUGAGUUACAAGAACGGGUUUUGUACUACGAUACCGAUUCGUGCUUCUACGUGACGGAGAACGACGAUCAAAUCGUUCCGACUGGACAGUUUUUAGGCGACAUGACUGAUGAACUAAUGGAGCACGGCAAGGGUAGCUACAUCCGAGAAUUCGUUUCGUUGGGUUCCAAACGCUACUCGUACAUCGUCGUGAAACCCGAUAAGAGCGAAAAGAUCGUGACUAAAAUCAGCGGAAUACAGCUGAAUUCGUCCAACAGUGAUAAAUUUAGUCACGAGAACAUAAAAGAAUUAGCCGAAGGACGGAUCAAGGAAAUCGAACAUACUUCGGAGGAGAUUCGUCGUACCCGGCAACACGACGUCGUUACUAAACCUGUAACUAAAAGAUUCAAGGCGACUCGGGUCCGUAAGCGAAUUUUCACACGAAAUGACGAGUCUUAUCCGUACGGAUAUAAAAGAUUCAAGCGUAGCGAGGACUGAUCCCGAUACUUGUUAUAUUAGUUAUAAGCUAAACUUGUGUGCAAUAACAAAAUAUCAUAAUAUAAAAUAUCAUUGGUACUAUGUUGUUAUAUUAAAAUGCUUUUUACUCUGUUUUGAUGAAAUAAAUAAUAUUUACUUCUAACGUAA